GCAUUUGGAGGAGCUGAUGCGCCUCGCCAGGAGGAUCUUAAUACUCGGUCAAAUCGAACUGUGGACCCUGUUCGGCUAUCAUAGCCAGAGAGAGAAUGACUCCCCCCAAAACAAAUGUGGCCCAUCAUUCAACGCUUGAAGGUGAUGUCACCCUGAGAUGCUGGGCCCUGGAUUUCCACCCUGCUGUCAUCAUCCUGACCUGGCAGAGGGAUGAGAAGGACCUGACUCAGGACAUGGACCUUGUGGAGACCAGGCCUGCAGAGGACGAAGCCUUCCAGAAGUGGGCAGCUGUGGUGCUGCCUUCAGGAGAAGAGCAUAAAUACACAUGCCAUGUGCAACCUGAGGGGCUGUCUGAACCUCUCAUCCUGAAAUGGAGUAAAGAGCCAUCUUUUUCUCCCACCACACCCAUCACGGGGAUCACUGCUGGUCUGGUUCUCCUUCCAGUUUUGGUCACUGGAGGUCUGUCUGCAACCAUACCCCUGGAAUAUUGCCUGAGGUCUAGGACUAAGAGUUUCCUCUGGAACCAAAUCGUUCUGCAUUCUGUUCUCUGCCUUUAUCCUCCCAGAGAUGGAGAAGGAUGUUAACUUUAUUAUUUUUAUCAUUUUAUCUCCACCCCUUAACCUCAAGUCCCAGCACUGAAAGUCUCGAAAGGAAACAGAGACCUAGUCCCUCCCUCAUUCUGUUAAACAACCCAGCAGCUGGGCACAGCCUGAGUCCUUGGCUCCACUGUGGCGGGAGUCCUGUAUCUUGCAUCGGAUCUGGUGGUGUUUGGCUUUUGUAUUCUGUCCCUGGAUAUGAAGGCUCAAGUUUGGAGUUUUGGAUUUUUCUAAGAUUAAAAAAAAAAUCUGUGAGGCUCUAAUGUCCC